UAUAACUUGUGCAUUUUGUAGUUUGUCAAAGGUAUCUCCUAUGUUCCUAUUAUUUCUUUAAUUUAAAUGUGUGCAGGGGCCGAAGAAAUGUGAGUUGGCAGUGGAAACCAUAGAAAACAAGGUGGCAUUUGGCUUGCUAUUUGAUGAUGAAAACAUGAACAAGUCUAUACAUGGAGUGGCUUUGCAGCCCGGAUGUGCUCGUGUCUCGGUGGAUGGCGCAAUUCAAGGAGACGCCUUGAUUCCAAUCCCCAUAAAGGGUGAAAUCGAGACAGUGGACCAAGCUGUUGGGUCUUAUGUGUCAUGGCCCCGAGACUUGAUCAUACUCCCAAAUGCCCCAGUUGUCGAGAAAAAAAAGAGAAAAGAAAAAGAACCUAAAACUGAGUUGGAAAAGGUGCAAAGAUUGUUUAAGAGUGUCGAGAUCAAUAAGAAAGUUCCACAGCGCUUUCGCUUGUUGUAUAAACAUGCAACAACAUUCAUGAAGUCCAGCGGGGGUUCGAUACAAAUGCCAUGUGAUGCCGAGGUUUUUGGUGCUGAGAAAACAAUUUUUAUAUUGGCUGAGAAUAUAAUUGCUUUGCUCGAGUUCCAAAUGAUUGGGCAAGGUGCACUAUCUGCAUACAUGGCGUACUUGCAUACGGUGGUUCGUGACAAUGACGAAUUGGAAAUGUAUGCUUUUUGUGAUCCCGCAACCAUAUUCACCAACAGUACAGAUAUUGAACGUAACUUGGUGAAUCGUUUGAAAGAGGGUAAUCCUGACCGGCUUUUCCUACUACCCUAUAAUACCAAUUGUCACUGGAUAUUGGUCAUAUUAUGGGCUGGAGAAAUAUUUGUACUCAAUCCUUUGCCUCGAGGAACUAAUUUUCCUGAGUUGGAAAAAGCACUGACUAGGGCGAUGAUUACUUUUAAUGUUCAGGCUGGGAGGGGAAAUAAAGCCCCUAGUAUCAAAUAUAUGCCGGGAUGUCCCAAACAACCUGGUGGGAUUGAAUGUGGCUAUGUAGUUAUGCGCUACAUGAGAGAAAUUAUAAUGGACCAUGAACUGUCAUUUUUAAAGAAGUGGGCUCUUAAGACGCGUAAGCUGAUUUGUUCGGAAGCCGAGCUUGAUGAGGUCCGGUUUGAGGCUCUUAGCCAUAUUGAAUCAUUCAUGUAGUUGCAAUGACUUUAGGAGUAAUCUGACUUUAGGUUUCGUUUAGAAGUCUACUGCUGAUUUUGGGAGUAUAAUGUGUAGUUAAUGGCAAUGCAGACUUGUGAAUUGAAGUACUACUAGUAUUGGUUGUGUUGUGGAUAAUUUGAAUUAGUUGGCAUCAGUACUAGUAUUGCUUGUUGGUGAAUUAUGUAAUUAGUUGGUGGAUUAAUGCAAAUAUGUUUGGUAAUUGGUGAUAUUGUUGCUUGGGAAAUUUGAUUGUUGAUUUGUUUUGAGAUUUUAAUUUUACAUUUGGGCAUGUUAUAUAAGCAGGUGGAAC